UGGCCUGGCCGCCUUCCUGCACGCUUGCGUGGGAAGGCCAGGAACGAGAAGGAGGCUCUAUCUCCGAAAGACUGAAGUCUGGAAAAAGUGCCGCGGACGCCUUCGCGCUCGGGGCCCGGAGAAUGACUUGGAGCCGGCGCCCAGGCGGGGAGCUAGUCCGGAUCGGGGGCUGCUCGGAGUAGGUCCGGCUUCCGCGCAGACGGGAGGUGCAACAGGAGAAAACGGUUUGCAGAUCGAGCCUUAGAAUGGACAAUUACUUUAAAGCAGCGGUCUCUGAUUUGGACAAAUUACUUGAUGAAUUUGAACAGAAUGCAGAUGAACUCGAAAACAACAGCACUAUAAAUCUUCAUAAUUCUGAGCACCACUUAGUUUUGUCAGAUUCAUCUUACCAGCAGCCAGAACCCUUUGAGCCAAAUGUAGAAGAAAAUGUCAGUUGUGUUAUAUCCAAUGAUCUCUCAUUAUCUUCUCAAAUUACAAAAGUAGCAAAUUUUGAACAAUUGAACUCUGACCAGAAUGAGAAAAAUGUUACUGGUUUAGAUCUUCUGUCCAUGGUGGGUGGUGGUUCUUCAGAUAAAAAUCAGUCAUCUGGCUUGAAGGGAUGCAGUAUACCUGUCUGUGAUCUUAUCAGUGACACAGGUGGCUUGAGCCAACUAAAAAGUAAUUUGGGAUGCAUUCAAAAGUUGCAGUCAGAUGAUUCUCAGUGUAGUCUUUCUAUUGAUAACUUUGAUUUAGCACUACUAUCAACCAAAGCUAGUAAUUCACUGGUUGAGUGCAUUUCUAAUUCUGGUGCACAGCAACAGAUUGAUGAAACACUGUACAAAAUACAAUAUAAUACAGCAGGAGAACUUAAUCAAUGGGAAUUAAAGACAGACACUCCUUUUGAACCAAAUAUAGCAGACUCUGGUAAAGAUCAAGAAAAAACAAAAUGUUUGAACAAUAAUAAAGUAUUUGACCAGAAAGAACAAGUGAUAGGAAUAGAUAGGUUAUCAACUUCAGUAACUCAUCUUUCAGCUGCACUUGGGUCCAAAGAUGAAUCAACAUGUGAAAAGCUGCCUUGUGAGAUGUUAGUCAAUGAAAAUAAUUCAAAAGUUCAAAUGAUACAUGGUGAGAGUGACAAGCAAGCCAUUUCAGAAGCUGUAAAUGAAUCAGAAGCCUUGAAUUUGCCAAAGAUCCAUGAAGUAAAUAAUCCCAACAUAAUGUGUAACAAAAAACAUUUGUGUGAUUCUACUCUUCAAACAGAAAAUGUGCUAGCUUUAGAUAAAGAACACAGCACAACUGACAAGUUUUGUAAUGCACAACAAUACACUGAUACAUCUUUAAAUACAGUUUCAGUACCAGAAAUCUCUGAAGAUACACAGACUUCAUUAUCCUGUCUUCCACUUGCUGUUUCUAUAUGUGCAUCAUUAGUUAAUACUCAUGACACAAAUGGAAAGAUUACUCAGAAAGAAGAUGUCAUUAGUGACAUAGCUCUGCACACUGAAAAUAGCCUUCCUGAAGGUGAAUGUUUUGGAAAAAUAGACACUUUAGAAAAGGAGAGCAAUCUAAACAAAACCAAUGAAUAUGGGACAGAAAAAUCUUCCUUAACAAGUAGAGAGUGUGUUGUUUCUAGUAAUUGUGAGCCUUUCCAACAUCAGGAUUCUGUUGCUACUCUUAGCCCUUUUUUGGCUGCAGAUACUGAAAUGUGCAGCAGUGUUUUGCCUGUUGACGUUGAUGAAAGACCUUUUGUUGAUCUAGCUUUAGAAGAAGACAUUAUUGGAAGUAACAUGCUCAUUAGUGAUACUGAGCUUGAUGCCUUUUUGUCUGAACAUUGUCUUGAAGCAAAUAAUUCAAAGCCUCUGAAAGAAGAUACUAGCAGUGGACUUUUGGAAUCUGAUGUAAUAAAUGACAACUUGCUGGAUAUAAGCCAUCUGAGUGUCAGAAGUGAUACUAUACAAGCAGAGCUGGAAUUUAAGAAAGCAAAAGCUUCUAUUGAAAAUAAUUGUAUCUGUAUUCCGGAAUCUAGCUUAGGGAUCCUAGUGGAAAAACACACACAGCAGGUUCAGCAAGAGACUACAGAUAACACAAAUGAGAUUGGAAGUGAAGUUUCAGAUUCAAUAAACGGACGGCCAGCAGUGCACAGUGGAGGAGCAAGACCAAAGCAGCUGCUAAACCUUCAACCAAAAGCCACAAUCCCUUCUGAGUUUAGCAAUAAAAAUAUAUCUGGGAGUGAAUCCCAAAUGAUGAACUCCACAGACUCAAGUACCUUCCUCUCAGAUGGUAAAAUUUCCCCCGGAUCAGACUUCAGCUAUAAUGAUGCUGAUGGACAAAGAUGCUUGGGAAACAUGGAAGAAAAGAUCUUACCUGUGGUUUCAGAGCCAAGUAAAGUAGUGGGACAAGUUGUAGCCUUGGGACAGAUGCAACCAUCCUGGGUUCCUGACUCAGAAGCACCUAAGUGCAUGAAUUGUCAAGCCAAAUUCACAUUUAGAAAAAGAAGACACCACUGUCGUGCCUGUGGGAAAGUUUUUUGUGCUCCCUGUUGCAAUCGAAAAUGCAAACUCCAAUAUCUGGAUAAAGAAGCAAGAGUCUGUAUAAGCUGCUAUGAGUCAAUUAACAAAGCACAGGCAUUAGAAAGAAUGAUGAGCCCAACUGGUCCAGCACCUAAUUCUGUAUUUUCUGAAUCUUCAGCUGUUCCAUCUCUGCAUGAAACCCAGACAUCUGGACUUCUCCCUAAAGAACAGAGAAGAGUUUGGUUUGCAGAUGGAAUUUUACCUAAUGGGGAAGUUGCAGACACAACAAAAUUGUCAUCUGGAGUCAGACGAUUCCCACAGGAACCACAUCCUGUUGGAAGUCCAACAAGUGAAACUGUCUCUGCAGCUGAUACCAGAUCAAAAGAUGAAAUGCAUGUCGCUGAACAAACUGGUAUUGUAUGGUGUUCUACUUCUGUUCCACAAGAAGACUUACUGCCUAGUAAAGGGCAGCCUGAGUUACCAUGUGAUUCUGAUUGUCUGCCUAUUACACAAACUGAAGUGCCAUGUGAUUCUGACUCUGUGAUUGUAGCUGUAACUGAAUUUCCUACUGUUGCUGAACUAUCAAAGGAACUUGUUCCUGCCUCAACUGAUCAAGCAAAUGAUAUGCCUACUAGUACAUUAGACUAUAGGAUGCUUUCUUGUAUUGAAAAUUGUGUCAGCAAGGAGGUCAGCCUUAUUCCUGAGGAUGAUGGAUUUCCACCUCUUCUGCUUGCAAGAGGAGAAAAAGGCAAAGAAUCCUUAGUAGAAGAACAUCCUUCUAAUGAGCAAGUUACCUUAUUGCUUGAAGAAUCUAAUCCAUUGACAUUCAUCCUAAAUGCAAACUUACUUGUGAAUGUCAAGAUACUAUCUUAUAAUUCAGACAGAUGUUGGUAUUUUUCCACCAAUGGAAUGCAUGGCUUGGGGCAAGCUGAAAUUAUAAUAUUAUUACAAUGUUUGUCAAAUGAAAGUGACAUUCCUAAAGAAAUCUUCAACUUAUUUAUCAACAUAUAUAAAGAUGCCAUGAAAGGAAAAUUUAUGGGGAAUUUGGAAAAUAUUGUAUUCACCGAAGACUUUCUUGGAAGCAAAGAGCAUGGUGGAUUUCUGUUUGUUACACCCACAUUUCAGAAGUUAGAUGAUCUCAUGCUACCUUCAAAUCCCUUUUUAUGUGGUAUCCUUAUUCAUAAACAGGAAGUACCUUGGGCAAAGGUUUUUCCUAUUCGCCUGAUGUUGAGAUUAGGUGCUGAAUAUGGGGUAUAUCCAACUCCAUUAACAAGUAUCAGACAUAGAAAGCCACUGUUUGGAGACAUAGGCCAUACAGUCAUGGAUUUACUUGUUGACCUUAGGAACUAUCAAUAUACAUUGCAUACUAUAGAUAACUUAUUUAUUCAUAUGGAAAUGGGUAGAAGUUACAUAAAAAUACCUCUGAGGAAAUACAAUGAGGUGAUGAAAGUAAUGAACACUUCUAAUGAACAUGUCAUAAGCAUUGGAGCAAGUUUUAAUUCUCAAGCAGAUUCCCACUUAGUUUGUGUACAAAAUGAUGAUGGAAUAUAUCAAACACAAGCAAACAGUGCCACUGGACUUCCUAGGAAAAUUACAGGUGCAAGUUUUGUAGUGUUCAAUGGAGCCCUAAAGACAUCUUCUGGAUUCCUUGCGAAAUCUAGUAUUGUUGAAGAUGGAAUAAUGGUACAAAUAACUGCAGAAACUAUGGAUGGCUUGCGUCAAGCUCUGAGGGGAAAAAAAGACUUCCGAAUUACAUGUGGCAAAGUGGAUUCAGGAGAUUUCAGAGAAUAUGUAGAUAUUUGUUGGGUAGAUAAUGAGGAGAAAACAAACAUGAGAAUUACAAGCCCAAUAGAUGGGAAAUCUAUGGAAGGAGUACAGAGUGAAAAAAUAGUUCAAGAAGAACGUUUUGAAGUGGAUGGAAAACUUGUAAAAUGUACAGAAGUAUUCUAUUUGUCAAAUGCUAGUGAGCUAUACAAUAGUGUUCAUCAGCUUGCUAAAGAAAUUGCAUUGGCAUCUUAUACUGCACUUGGACAGCAUCUCAAAACACUGAAAAAUAAUGGAAUGAACAAGAUAGGUCUCAGAGUCUCCAUGGAUGCUGACAUGGUAGAAUAUCAGGCAGGAUCUGGAGGCCAGCUUCUUCCACAGCAUUACUUAAAUGAUUUGGAUAGUGCUUUGAUUCCUGUAAUUCAUGGCUGGAUAUCCAGUACUACAAGCUUACCACUGGAAAUGGAAUUAAUAUUUUUCAUUAAUGAGUCUCUUUUAAUAUAACUGGCAAGUAUAUUAUACUGUAAUGAACUGAAUUGCUAUAUCCACCAAUACCAAAGCAGUUAACAUUAUACUACGGAUGAAAUAGUCAAGUUUUUUUUUUAAGCCAAUGAUUUAGGGUCUUCUAAGAGAGCUUUAUUUAAUUAAAAGCUGGGUUCUAUCUUAACUUAAACAGAAAAACUAAUUAAACUGUAAGUUUUCCUUAUGUUCUAAAAUGUUACACUUAAUACAGCUACGGCAAGGAAGGAAUAAAGUUAGCAUGUGUGAUUAAGAAAAUGAGACAUCUCUCUGUUUUACAGUCAUCUUUAACAUUCUUUGCAGUUACUGGUAAAUCUAAUGAGUUGUUCUUAACCAUCUUUUGUGAUUUUUUUAAAAUUAUCACACUUACGUGGAGUGGAAGUUUCUUGCUGUAUAGUUGAAAUUCAGAUAAAAAAGCUGUUAAUUACUAGAAUAUUGGCAUGAUUAACCUGUCCUGAAGAUGUUUGUAUAAGCAUAAUAAUCUUUGUGACAAAAACAGUAUGCUUUUGCCAGAUGUGAUCAUUUUAUAAGACUAUACAUUUUUAAAAUUGGUAUAUUUUAAAGUGUGUAAUAUUUCUGGAACUUGAGAGUUCCCACUGAAUCACUUUUUUAAUAGCUGACUUUGUUAUAUAUUUAUAAUGGCUUUAUUGAACAUAAAAUUAAUACUUUUUAUAUUAAAUACUUAAUAAUGUUGUUUUCUUCUGUGCUCAGAUAUACAGUUGUUUCUUGGAUUUUCCAAGAAGGAAUAAGAAGCCAGAUGACCCUUAAAGUAGUCAUCCUGUAGCAGUAAAUCAGGCACGAAGCCUGUCUGUGCUCCUUUCUCUACUUUUUGAGACCUCUUGGUAUCCCUGUUUAUUUUCAGGGAGAACAGUGUAUUAAGUGUGAAUUUUCAUGAGCAGUUUGCCAUAAAAUACUUGAGGCUCUUUAUAUAGGUCUUAUUUUUGUAAUGGGUUAUUUUCAAUAAGUAAGCAUUUAUGUACCAGAAAGAUGACUGAGAUUACUGCUCAAGUAACCUAAAUCAAGUUUGAUAAUGCCUGCAUAAUGUUCCUGUUUGUUAUGCACCAUAGGAAAUUGUGUGUCAGUGUGUCUUUGAAUUAUAUAUAAAUACAAUGUUAUAACAGUGAACAUACGACAUUUUAGUUGUAACUAAAUGCCUUGACAUUAGAUGGGCAUAUUAACUGCAGUUAUAAAUGCAGUUAUUCAGACAUUUGUCAACUAUAGAAUAAAGGCAUAGAAAUGUAGAAGACUCCAAGAAACUACAGUCCCAUGGACCACUAUAAUGGAAACAUUGCACUCCUUUGUGUCACGAAUUCUAACUCGGUUGUAGACUAAAUGCUACAGUAAUAUGCAUUCAUUUCUGGAUUCUGACAUUGUUGAACAAAGGAAGGCAGCUGCAGCAGACAAUGUUAAAUGUUUUAAAUAUUGAUCCAUAAUGUGUAAAUAUGGCUUGUUAAGACACAAUAUUGUGUAGCAGCAAGUGUAACUCUUACAACAAGUUUAUAUUCUCUUGGAGGAUGAUCCCUGUGUUCAUUUUAUAAAUAACUAACAACAUUAGGCCUUUAUUUUAUAAUAUAAAUAUUGCUAUAUAAACAUAUAAAGAUUAUCAAAAACUUUGUAAAUUAAGCUCAUGAUGUCUUAACAAAUGAGAAACAACAUUUUAAUUUUCUACUUAGAUCACUUAGGUACUUUUUUUUUCUUUUAGUGGUUUAGUUCAAUUUCAUCCAUUCCUUAUCUGUUUGUAAAAGUUCCUAAAAAGGUAUUCACAAAAAUGUUGGCAGCUCUUUUGAUAGCACUAUUCACUAAAAUUGGGAGUGAUCUUACUUCAUGAGCCACAUAUUACAGAAAACUUGCUGAGUAACCUGCUAUAAGAAAGCAGACUUAUGACUGUGUUGAAAGCAUAAAUAACAAAAUCUGAGAUGGCAAGAACUUCACAUCAAUUGUCCAUGUUUAAAGGAAUCUUAGUGUUUGUUUCCCUUUAAAUAAAAGUGCUUCCUUCCCUAUCUGGGAAUCUACUUUUGAGACUUAUUUUGAUAUGGCAGUGGGAUGGAGAAGGAAGUCAAAUGGCCCUAGAUAUAUUGAAGUCCUCAGUUGCAUCCAACAGGCACAAUCUUGCCCUGACAUCUUUUCUCUGGCAAGUUCUCAUCUUGUUGCCUACAGUUCAUCUCCAGUUUGUAAGUGGAACCAUCCAAAGAUGUCCUCAAGGUGGGUACAAAUCUGUUAGGCUUUAUCGCCUAGAGAAUAGAGGCAGGAUUGGGAAUAGCAAAUGUCACACCAGCAUAAUUUUCUGUAAAUGAUGGGUGGAUGGUACUGUAACUUAGUGGGGAAAGCUCAAAGUCAUUAUGUGGUUUAUUUGAUUUUGGCUUAACCUGUUAUGUGAACCAUUGUGGUUUAUUCAGUAAAUGAAGUUAAAUAAACCAGCACUAUGUAUGAAUCCAGUCAGUAUGAUUACCGAACAGUCUUUCAUAACGUAUUAGGUAAGCAAAAGGGUUUGUUCCUCAAAAGCUUUUCCCAGGCAAAGCUGAAACUACCAAAUAUAGUUGGCAUAGUCACGUAUUCCUCUGACCCAGUGGUGUUUUAGGUUCAUGUUCCACAUCACUUGUAAACUCUUCAGCUGUCAUUCUCUGCCUCACUAUGUAUUUCCCCAUUUUCUCUCUCUCUCCUUGUUUUCAUCUUGCCUGGUAGUUAGGACUGUAGGAGACUAUUUCAUAUUGUCCCUUGUACUGUUUUCAUAUACUUUAUGACUGUAUUAAAUAACCCACUAUAUUUUCACUGGUAUGAAAAUUUUACAGCUACUGCAUAGCAGUUGGAUGUGUUUUUUCUGGUCACUGGAUUAUCUACUUUCUCUGGACUUCAGUUCCCCAGCAUUUUCUUUUCAAGCAUGUUACUGUAAUACUUUAAUAAUCAUUUGCCAGGAUUGCUGUUGCUUUAUAAUAAAGUCACAAAUGUCUGUCCCUCAUUUUUAACUAAGUAUAGCUUCAAUUAAGCACUGUACACAUUCAAAAUGUUGCUUCAGGUCAUGUUUCUGUUCAUGAAUGGGGCAUUAUGUAUCUUCCUAUUUUUAAAGAUUUAGGGUAACUACAUUCUUGCCAAGCAACUGUUCAUAAUUCCAUAUUGCCUAGUGCAAGGAAGUAGCUCAGGUCAGUUCCAGAUUAUAGGGAAUGUGAAAUAUAUACCUUAAUAUACUCUUUUUCUUUUCAGGCUAUCCCAAAUGUAUACUUUCAAAGAUUGGUUCAGCUGAAGGAUUUGUACAUUUUAUGCUUAACUUUUUUUUCUAGAUAUGCCUCAGAAGCAGAUUUAAUACUAUGCCCCACAGGUUUAACUCUAGUUUUGGGAUAGGCUUACUGUAGUCAAAGGAAACAUUCUUGUCCUCUGUAUCUUAUGAUGCCAAUGGUUUGCUAAAGAUUAAAAAAUGUUUAAAAUUCAAAAUAUCUUAAAAUGUUUCUGACCUUGACAAAAAAUUCUCAACCUCUGUUUAAAAUGUACACUUAAAGUUUAAAGUAAUCCUGACAUCUCUGUUAUUUCUGUUUGUUUGUUUUUGCAAUCUUCUGUGUAGGAUUAUUUGUGCCUUAGUGCUUGAUGUAAGAGAUACAAAUCUUAGAAGUAAAACUAGCACAACAUGUGACCCAACUAUGUGAUUGUUUAUUUUGUGGUCUGCAAAGCAGAGUUAGUUGGGCAAAUGAGCAGUGAAGGACUGAUGGCUACUUUUUAGGGUGGGGAGUGUUUGUUUUUUAAGAUUUUGCCUUGCAUGUCUAAGAAUUGGCUAAUGGCUUAGAGCACAAAACAAAGCAGGAAUAAAUAAGACAUCACAAAUGAACUUCAUGUAAUGGUUGCAUAUCACACUAAACAUGUUGUCAGGAAGUCAUCGUUCUGCUGCUUACUGUACUAAAAUAGCUUAUUCAGUGACCUCAUUUGCAAAUCAUGCUGAGCCAUUACAACUUAGCACUAUCAGAAAAUCAGUAAAGGCAGUAUGUUACAGAUACUGCUAAUGAGGGGACUGCUGCUCUUCCAAAAAAUAUAUUUACUUUUCAAGUUACAAUUCUAUCCAUCCUUAAAUUCCACAAGACAUGGUAACUUUAGGCAUAAACAUUUAAAGGGGGUAUUAAGUUCAAGUCCUUCUCUCUGAAUAUUUAUAUUGAAAGACAAACCAUUAAAAAUAGUAUAUAAACCAGUAUUAAACCAUAAUAAAAGAUCAUUGUUGUUCAGUCACCGCUAAUCAACCUGAUACACAUUGUGCUAAUUCUGUCAGUAACUGUUUUGUAAGCUUUUAUCGACAAUGAUAAUAUCUAGCCACCUUGUCAUCUUUUGAUCUCUUUUGAUUACCUUUGAUUUUUCCAAGCAUCAUGGUCUUUUCCAGUGGCUUUUGUGUUCAUACUGUGUGUCCAUAGUAUCUAAGUUUUAGCUUUAUUAUUAAUGCUUUCAGUGAGUGUUUUGAUUUUACUUCAUAUUGUUUUUCUUGCAGUCCAGUGUCCAAUUUUCUCCAACAUCACAAUUCAAAGUUAUUUCUCUGUGUUGCAACUGGGAAAACCAUGGCUGUGAUAAUAUGUACCUAUGUUGUUGAUGUGAUGUCUCUGCUCUUUAAUCAUUUACUUAGGUUUGUCACAGUUUGUCGCAAGUAGCAGAUGUCUCUUUAUUUCGUGUCUACAGUCACCAUCCCUUAGAAAAUAAAAUCAGUUACUUCUUUAA